UGUUGUCAGUUUUGUUUUGGUUACGAGAUUGUAGACAUUUAAAUUGAUUUAUUUAUAUAAAACACUACGAAAAUGACUUACAUGUUGCGUCAGCUAGCAAAACCUAUUCUGCAAAGAACUUUGCUCAAUGGAAGUUCAAGUUCAAUACGUCUAGCCGCCAAAGACGCAGCUGCAAAUGCCCAUGCAACAAAUACGCAACAGCAGCAACUGCUGGUUAGCGAAAGUUGUUUGAAACGUUUGCGUGAGAUCUGUAGUGAUGGCAGCUUUUUGCGAAUUACAGUUGAAGGCGGCGGUUGCUCUGGAUUUCAAUACAAAUUUGACUUGGACAACAAGCUAAACAAGGAUGAUUUACAGUUUGGUGAGGACAAAGCUAAGGUGGUCAUUGACACCAUUUCCUUGGAUUACUGUACAGGCGCUACUGUGGACUAUCAUAGCGAGCUAAUUCGAGCUGGAUUUCGCAUGAUUGCCAAUCCGCUCGCUGAACAGGGCUGCUCAUGUGGCUCCUCAUUCUCGAUUAAAUUGUAAUUAAUACUUAAAUAAUGUUCGUUAAUUGUUAAACUUUAGUGAAAUAUUUAAACACACAGUUAUAAAUUUAUAUGUUCAGCUAUAUACACAUUGCAUCAAAUGUAAAUUUAAAAAAAUAUGGUAUGCUGCCCCAUAAGCAGUUGGUUGGUUUUUCGGUA